GCAUGCGCAGUCUCUCUGGGGUCGGUUUCCGCAGUGAAGGUGCUGGUGGUGUGCUGUGCAGACGUGUUCUCCUCGUCAGCCCAAAACCGGUCCACUCCGCUCUCCAGGCGCCCCUUGUGUGGUGUGAGGUGAUCGUUUCCAGGCCCCCCGCCGCCUGUACCCGUCUUUCCCGCGCUCUCCCGGACCACGUGUUCCCGCCGUUAUGGCCUCCACAGCGCAGCCCGAAAUCUCCUCAGAGCUGGAGAAGAAAGAGGUGACCGGGGAGGAGGCGGACAACAACCCCGAGGAGCCCAUGGACGAGGAAGACGACGAAAACGAUGACGGGGCAGACGACGGGGACGUGGAGGAAGAUGUGGUCGUCCAGAUCGGGGCCACCUACUCGUGCCGGAGGCAGGACGGGACCUACCAUGAUGCAGAAAUUGUGAAAACCAGAAUGAACAAGCAGGCCGGCCGAGAGGAAUUCUACGUGCAUUACGCUGGUUUGAAUCGACGACAAAACGAAUGGGUUGACAAAACGAGGUUGGUGAUUCCUAAACCAGUGAAGGAGGAGGCUGAGGUGGCAAACGGUACGGGCUCGGAUGUCACAGAGAAUGGAAAGACUCCACAGAAACGCAAAAAUGAGGAAGAGGAACCCGAACCGAAGAAAUUGAAGGUUGAAAAUUCAGUGGUGGCGUCCGGGGAUUUUGCAGAAGAGUUGACUUGUCUUCUGUGCAGCGAGCUUUUCAAGGAUCCCGUCAUGGUGGAAUGCGGCCAUAACUUCUGCCGUAACUGCAUUGACAAGGCCUGGAAUGGCAAAGAAUCCUUUACCUGCCCUGACUGUAAGGAAGUAAUCACCGAUAAGAGGUACACCACCAAUCGGGCCCUGGCUAACCUGGUGAAGAAGACCGUUGGCAGCACUCCCACCCUGACCCCAACAAAAUCUACAGAGAAGCCUAAACUUGCUGAGAAUUGCCCUGAGCACGAUGAGAGGCUGAAGCUCUACUGCAAGGAUGAUGGGACCCUGAGCUGCGUCAUCUGCCGGGACUCUCUGAAACACGCAAGUCACACCUUCCUGCCCAUCCUGGAUGCCGUGGGAGUGUACAGGGCAGAGCUGUCGGACAUCGUGGCUCCAUUAGAAGAAGCCCUCAAGGUGACGGAACAGCUGACAACACAACAAAGUGAGAAGGUUGAGCAGCACAAGACCAACAUAUCCGAGUUCAAGGAGCACAUUUUGUCAGAGUUUGAGAAGCUGCAUGCCUUCCUGAAAGAACGAGAGGAGAAGCUAUUGGAGCAGCUUAAGGAACAGGGAGAGAGCCUGCUUAAGGAGAUGGAGGCCAAUAUGAUCAAGAUGCAGGAGAACCAGGACAACAUUAAGGAGACUAUCACGAUGGCCAACGAGAGGGUGAACGAUAAUGACUCCAUCUCUUUCCUCACUGACAUAAAGACUUUCAUUGAAAAGUGUCAGGAACAACAGAAGGAUGUGAUGUCUUCAGGUAACAGCCUGCUCUCCAAGGAUCUGUGUCAGGGAACAUUUAGAGGGCCCAUCCAAUAUACCCUCUGGAAGCAGAUGAAAUCUUUCAUUGUUCCAAAUCUGACUCCAAUGCUGCUAGAUCCUGCCACUGCGCACCCCAACCUAGUACUGUCUGAUAAUAUGACCAGCGUUAAAUAUGGAGAUACUAAAGUCCAGGUCUCUGACAAUCCCAAACGAUUCAGUCAGUGCAUUCUGGUCCUGGGCUCUGAGGGCUUUGAUUCUGGCCGCCAUUACUGGGAGGUUGAAGUAGGAGACAAGACCGCUUGGGAUGUUGGUAUGGCUAGUGAGUCCAGCAACCGCAAGGGAAAGAUCAAGCUGAACCCCAAGAACGGCUACUGGGCCAUCUGGCUGAGGAACGGCAACGCUUACAAGGCUCUGGAGUCUCCUUCUAAGUCCUUGGUCCUGAACUCCAAGCCGAAGAGAAUUGGGGUCUACGUUGAUUACGAGGGAGGUCAGAUAUCUUUCUACAAUGCUGAUGACAUGUCUGCUAUCUACACGUUCAGGGCCACGUUCACUGAGAAGCUGUAUCCUUACCUGUCCCCGUUCCUGCAUGAUUCCGGCCUCAAUGCUUCUCCUCUGCGUUUCGUCCAUGACUGAUGGCUUUGCUAUCUUCCAAAUACAUGUUUUCUUUAGUUUUACCUGUUAUGCCAUGAAAAAUUGUGAAAAUGUUACGGUUUAGAAUUCUUGUUUAGUUUACAACCUUGAUUUCUGCAAUUUUAUUUUAUAUGGAAAUAAAAUGUGUUCAGUGAUUAGUAUCUUGUAUGUGUCCUUUUAGUCCAGUGAAAUAAAGGGACUGUCUGGAA